AUGAAGAAUGACUGCAGAGUCUCCGUGACGGGAGAAGUCUCUGAAUUCCACGGCAUUGACUGGCAGCACAAGUACCAGGAGAAGCCUGUGGGAACUCUGACUGUAGAGAGGCCUUAUGAAUGUAAGGAGUGUGGGAAAACCUUUAGUUAUCUUUCAAACCUGUACAGACAUAUAAGAACUCACAGUGGAGUGCGGCCGUACGAAUGUAAGGAGUGUGGGAAAGCCUUCAGUCGGUCCUCAUUCCUCACUGCACACCUACGAACUCACAGUGGAGAGAAGCCUUAUCAUUGUACAGAAUGUGGGAAAGCCUUUAGUUCUUCCUCUUCCCUUACUAAACAUAUAAGAAAUCACAGUGGAGAGAGGCCCUAUGAAUGUAAGGAAUGUGGGAAAACCUUCAGUCAUGUCUCAAAUCUAAGGAGACACAUUCGAGCUCACAGUGGAGUGCGGCCUUAUAAAUGUAAGGAAUGUGGGAAAGCCUUUAGUCACUUUUCACAACUCACUAGACAUGAAAGAGCUCACAGUGGAGAGAAGCCCUAUGACUGUAAGGAAUGUGGGAAAGCCUUCAGUCAGUUUUCACAACUCACUAGUCAUAGAAGAAUUCACAGGGGAGACAGACCUUAUGAAUGUAAGGAAUGUGGGAAAGCCUUUAAUCAGUCCUCACACCUUACUAGCCAUACAAGAAUGCACAGUGGAGAGAGGCCUUAUGAAUGUAAGGAAUGUGGGAAAGCCUUUAGUCAGUCCUCACACCUCAGCAGACAUAUAAGAAUUCACACUGGAGAGAGGCCUUACGAAUGUAAGGAAUGUGGGAAAUCCUUUAGUGAUAACUCAUCCUUCAGUAGACAUAGGAGAACUCACAGUGGGGAGAGGCCUUACGAAUGUCAAGAGUGUGGGAAAGCCUUUCGUAGUUCCUCAUCCCUCCGUAAACAUAUUAGAAUUCACAGUAGAGAUAGUCUUUAUAACAGUAAAGAAUUUGGGAAAGCCUUUAGUUGGCCCUCAUCCCUCACUAACCACAUAAGGUUCACAAUGUAG